UAGCAAGCAUGGGAAGAAGACUGGUUAACAAUGGGUAACUGGAAAGGCUCUUUUAAAUAUCUAAAGCAAAAGGGUAGUUAAAAUAGGGUUGGAACCAUUUCAAGAUGAAGAAUAUCUUAAGAGUGAAGGGAUUGUAGAGAUGUUUAACCAAAACUUGAAGCAAGAUGUAGGGCUGACUGCAAGAGUACCAGAGAAAGCAGUACUGUUUGAUGGAAGGACACGGAGCAGCUCAAAACCACGAACACAUGACGACUAUCGAGGCUCACGCGGUUGCCCAGCAGGUCCAGCAGGUGCACGUGGCCACGUACACAGACCACGCAGUCCUGAGCGGAGAGGAUGACUCACCUUCGUCCCCUGAGGAGACCUCCUUUGACGAUUCCGACAUCCUAAAUUCGACAAUCACAGACGAGGUCACAGCCCAUCUUGCUGCAGCAGGUCCAGUGGGAAUGGCGGCAGCUGCUGCUGUGGCAACGGGCAAGAAACGGAAGCGGCCCCACGCCUUUGAGUCCAAUCCGUCAAUACGCAAAAGGCAGCAGACACGUUUGCUACGCAGCCCCAUUGGUGUAGUUAGUAAAUACACUGCCCAGAGCCUGGCCGUGCACCGGGAAGAUCCCUGCUUCAAACCCACGUCUGUAACUGAGAAAUUACGGGCCACCUUAGAUGAAUACACAACCAGAGUUGGCCAGCAGGCAAUCGUGCUGUGUAUCUCACCCUCCAAACCAAACCCAGUUUUCAAAGUGUUUGGAGCUGCUCCUCUUGAGAAUGUGGUACGCAAGUAUAAAAGCAUGAUCCUGGAAGACCUGGAGUCAGCGCUAGCAGAGCAUGCUCCCACGCCUCAGGAGAUUAAUUCUGACCUUCCACCACUGACUAUUGAUGGAAUCCCAGUCUCUGUGGACAAAAUGACGCAGGCUCAGCUCCGUGCUUUCAUUCCGGAGAUGCUGAAGUAUUCAACAGGGCGAGGGAAGCCUGGCUGGGGUAAGGAGAGCUGCCGUCCUGUGUGGUGGCCCGAGGACAUUCCGUGGGCCAAUGUUCGCAGCGAUGUGCGCUCGGAGGAACAAAAACAGCGGGUUUCCUGGACACAAGCACUGAGGACGAUUGUUAAGAACUGUUACAAGCAGCAUGGCAGAGAGGAUCUGCUGUAUGCUUUUGAAGAUCAGCAGUCACAACCGCAGACACACAUUGCCCACCUCGUCCCCUCUCAGACAGUGGUACAGACAAUCAGUAACCCUGAUGGCACAGUCUCUCUUAUACAGGUUGGCACGGGUGCAACAGUUGCGACUCUGGCAGAUGCGUCUGAACUCCCAGGAACGGUAACUGUUGCUCAGGUGAAUUACUCUACUGUGCAGGACGGAGAGGUGGAGCAGAACUGGGCCACGUUGCAAGGUGGGGAAAUGGCAAUCCAGACAACCCAGGCCUCCGAAGCCACCCAGGCCGUGGCCUCUCUGGCAGAGGCCGCAGUGGCUGCAUCCCAGGAGAUGCAGCAAGGGGCCACCGUUACCAUGGCACUGAACAGCGAGGCUGCUGCCCAUGCUGUUGCCACACUUGCAGAAGCCACCCUGCAGGGUGGAGGCCAGAUUGUGCUAUCGGGAGAGACUGCUGCUGCUGUAGGAGCACUGACCGGUGUUCAGGAUGCCAAUGUGGCCUUGUACGUUCCUGUAAAGGUUGCCGCUCCUUCCCAGUUGACCGCUGUCUGCCGCAGUUCCACGGGCAGCAAACAACAGAAAGCCCCUGGGUGCAACAAACCGGAUCGAGAAAUCAGUAUUGGCCUGGUGCAGAUCCCAGUGAGUAUGUACCAGACCGUCGUCACCAGCCUGGCUCAGGGUAACAGACCUGUGCAGGUUGCAAUGGCCCCUGUUACCACAAGGAUGACGGAAAUCCAGUCGUCUGGCGUAACCGUGGAAGGACAAGCAGUGGAGGUGGUGACACUGGAGCAAUGAGAGAUAAACGAUGAACAAAGCAAUUUUUCUGUCCUUCGGAAGUCUGACGUUGCAGUGCUGCAGUCAGAUGUCUAGUGUGUUAACAGGUGGUCAUGAAAAUAAAAACACCCUGUGUGGGUUUAGUGUUGGGGAGAGAAAUGAUAGAGGAAAGACUUCUCAUCUCUUAUAUUACCUUCAGAGAGAUUUCUAGCUCUUGUAUUUACUGUUUUAUAUUGGAGGGGGAAGAAAAAUCAAACCUAUUUGUAUAAGUUUCUCUGUAUUUAUGCACAAAGUGUUUGUGUCUGUGACUGAAGAUGGAGGCCUUGUUUAUUAGUGGUCUCAAUUGGGAUCUUUAUCAUUGUGGUUCUGGUAGUUUGGAUUGGCUAUGGAGGUUCGGAGUUUUGGAAGGGUGGGGUGUCUCUGCAACUUCCAUCUGGAUAAAAGUUGACGCAGGACCUGAACCCCAAUCCUUUUAAAAGCUACAGUCUGGCUGGUGUGUAGACUUUGACUUUAUUGCUCUUUCACUUAUUUUAAAUAUUACAAGUUAAAGCAGAAGAAUUUUAUAUCCCCAGUCACUGUUGUGAUCCACCUCACUGUCAUUGAGCACAAGGGGAGGCGGAAUAUGAGCCAGAGUUUCCCCUCUCAAUCUUUAUCCCGCUUGAACGCAUGUGUGUUCAUGUCCAGAUACAUAUGUGUUGCUGUGUGAGGGCAGGACCAGGCUCUGCUUGAAUCUCCCCCUUCUCCCCCCACCGCCAGUCCCCCCCUCUCCCACAACUGAAGUGAGGUACAAGAAGUCAGAAGACACCAGUUUGAACCUUUAGGAGAAGAGGAAAGGAUAAAACUGAUGGGCAAAAGUGAAUUGAGGUAUAAAGACGAUUGGGCUCCACCUGCCCCACCCACCAAAGCAAACUGGACCAGGGACCCAUCGGGUAAACUGGGAGUUAUUUUUAAUCAUUUUAAUUUUUUAUGCGUUUUAUUCAUUUCCUAUUAAUUCCAGGAGCCGUGGGUGUAAAGUCUGAGUUUCAGCCGUACCUUGAUUCAGCUGCGAAAGUUGUGACUGUAAACCAACAUUGAGUAGAGCAGUACUACUUUGCCAGGCUUUGGACAUGAGCUUCAGACCGGGAUUCCCACAGCAGGGCAGUGGGGGUGGGAGUGCAGCAUGGGUGCAAUGAAUCGCUUUAAGGCUGCAAUUCAUUCAGUUUCACCAUGUCCACUUGACAAGCAGUCAUGAAACAUUUUUAAUGAAUUUGUUUUGUACUAACUUUAGACCACUUGGGUAAUCGCAAUGUAACAACAGCAAAUUUCAUUUGCAUGGGGCUCUUAAAGGUAGUAAAAUGCCCUAAGGAAUAGAAAGUAGGCUCAGUUUAAAAGAAACAGUGCCUAUUGCUUCUGUCCAAGUCGAAUGUUUUCCCCCUUGUACCUAUGGUUUGGGGAAUUUUAACCACAUAUGGCAGGUCUCAAUAUCAUUCAAGCCAUUGAAUUAAGUUAUUUUAUUCUACAAAAUUGACCCGCAUGUAAGUGCUAUAAGUGCUACCAUUGUUCAAAGUUAUUUGGAUGUGAGAGGUAUUUUACCUUUUCCAUUAAUAAGCUUUAGUUGAACUGAAUGAAUUUAAAGACAUUCCAGAUCCCAGUAUUGUGUUCUAGGCCUUGUUCCUGUUAGCGUUCUGAAGGAAAGCUUUACCUUUUGGAGUUUCUCUUCCUGGAGUGUGGACAGAAACAAAUAAAUAAAAUUGCAAGUGGAGCUCAUGGACGAGGUUUAAAUAAGAUUUAUAUGAUAUUAAAGUUGGGCUUCAUUUGGCAUUAUUCAAAGGAGCUCAUCUAAAGGAGUAGGGGAGGUUAAAAUAGUUAACUGGGCCAGAACGGGAAUAUCUUGCACUCACAUCCUGACAGGAUAAAACACAGUUACAUUGUGUGCUGUAGAUGCUGUCACCCAUACUAUUCAUAUACCAGACUAGAGGGAACAUGGUGCAGUGAUUAAUUUGCCUUUAUAGUUAUGUGUAAGUGAAGGGAGCUCAAUUACGUUAAAAUACUGCAGGGCCAGGCACCCCUUAAACUGCUUCAGUAUUUCUUGUCAUUGACCUUUCCUGGUCUGGUUUACAGCCAUGUUUCGUACACUGCAAUGUUGUCGCUUGGGUUACUUAAGAAUGCUUGGCCCAGCAUUUUGUUAAAAAAAAUCACACAUACGCUUUUAAUGUUUGUGCCAGUCUGUUUCUUGUGGGCUGCCCUUAAUUCAUCACUUCCACCACCAGUAUCAGAUCUGUGCCACAGCAGUACUUUGCCUUAGUGUUGUACAGUUUAGAACCCUCUCCAGACACCUGAGUUUGGAAGGAUAGAAGAUCUGCAGUGGUACUUUUGUGUUUCAGGAUAGGUAAUAUGGAAGUUUCCCACAACCACCAUUAAGCUUCUCUAAAAUCCCGGUGAUGACAUUGCUUUGUAUUUACUUUCCCCGCCCCUUCCCUCCUCUCCCUUGUUGCUCUGGUUUAAUCCUAUCCAGCUCACACCCAACACUGGGGCAAGUGGGAGACAGGAUUCUGAUUCCCCCAACUGACAAGAUGGGUGAUGGAUGGAGCCAAAAUGACUGUUGCGACAACCACUAUAGUAUUAGCUAAAUUCCUUGCAGAAACUGUUGACUUUGGAUGGAUGAGUGGGUGGGAUGCAGGGAAAGGUCACGGGAGCAGUUUGUUUGCCACAUAAAAUGAAUCUGGUGAUUCCAGCUACUGUGAGAAGAAAUUCUAUCCAGCAAGCUAGAACAGAUUGGAAAUUCUUCCUGCUUUGGAUACCUACAGGUUUAUAUGGGGAGGGGGGUGGGGUUAAGUUGCCAUUGUCCUUCAUAUUUUGUCUAGCUAGUAAAGUGGACCAAUGGAUGCUCCAGAUGGUGGCCAGUGUGGUCUAAGGGGACACAUUGCAAAGAUUGAAUCUUCAUAUAGAUACGAAUACUGUAUAUAUAAUAAAAAAAGUUCUUUUAAGUGCUGAAGGUGACUACAGGUCUUAAAAGUACUGUGGUUUGUUUGCUAUCAUAUUUAUUCCCCUUUGAUGCUCUGAAAAUGUAUUUGAAUGAAGUAAUUUGCAUUUGAUUUUGUUUUAUAUGUUGCUUUUUCUUUUGUUUUGGAAUUGUGAUUUGCUAUCUAAACAUCGCAGGCUUUUUUGGGCAUAGCGAGCUCAUGGUGUGUAAUAAAGAUGUGAAUAAUCCUGG